AUGUCAUCAAACACAAAAAUCACACGCGAAUGGUACCCGCCAGCCGCCGAUGGGACGCAAACAGCACCGCUAAUGCUUUACAACAGCUUCGUGGACGAAAAAGUCCCGUUUGUGCCGGUAGCUGGGCCGAACAGCAGACAGAUAACUUGGUAUGCGUGCGGACCGACUGUCUACGACGUAGCGCAUAUGGGACACGCGCGCAACUACUUAAGCUUCGACAUCGUCCGUCGCGUCUUGGAGGAUUACUUUGGCUACAACUGUUUGAUGGUCAUGAACGUCACCGACGUGGAUGACAAAAUUAUUUUGCGCGCUCGCCGGAACUACCUGCUGGCGCAGUACAAACGCUCUGGCAAGACCCCCGACGAGCACACGGAAGAAAGGCAUGUAGAUGGGAAGAGGGCGGGGGCGGAUGCCAGGAUGGAAUCGUCCGGCCGACGGAAGGGGGGUUUGGGUGAAAAAAUGACCAGCAGAUCGUCGCCAGCUUCUUCAUUGGAGCUGGAAAAGGCCGUGGCGCCUGCUCCCCGGGCCCUACAGCUGCUAGAGACGGGUGCUUCCGCACCGGUGGAUGCUCUGAUUGACCUAGGGGGUGACUACGUGGCUGAGGCACUGGACAGGGAGCUGGGGGCGGCGGUUACGGAUCCGUCGGUGUUUCGCGCACACGCCGCGAAGUACGAGCGUGAGUUCCUGGAGGACAUGGACGCGCUGGGCUGCCGCCGACCCGACGUCCUGACCCGUGUGUCCGAGUACAUGCCGGAGAUCGUCAACUACGUGCAACGAAUUCUGGACAACGGAAUGGCGUACGUAUCCAACGGCUCCGUCUACUUUGACACGCAAAACUUCAGGGCCUGCGGGCACACGUACGGCAAGUUGAACCCGUGGGCUGUCGGCAGCGCUGCGCUGGCGGCGGAGGGCGAGAGCAACUUUGAGACGUCGGAGAAGCGGAGUCUGCAGGACUUUGCUCUGUGGAAGGCCUCCAAGCCCGGGGAGCCCGUGUGGGACUCCCCCUGGAGUCAGGGCCGCCCCGGCUGGCACAUCGAAUGCAGCGCCAUGGCCUCCACCAUCAUUGGCUCCCGACUGGAUCUGCACUCGGGGGGGGAGGACCUCAGGUUCCCUCACCACGACAACGAGCUGGCGCAGGCGGAGGCGUACUACCACACGGAGUGGUGGGUGAAUUACUUUUUGCACUGCGGUCAUUUGCACAUUGAGGGCCUGAAGAUGUCCAAGUCCCUCAAGAAUUUCAUCACCAUCAGGGAGGCCCUGCAGACGUUCAACGCCCGGCAGCUGCGGCUCAUGUUUGUCCUGCAGCCCUGGAACAAGACGAUGAUGUACGGCGAGCAGGCCCGGGCGGAAAUGAAGGCCCGUGAGGCGCAGCUGAAGAACUUUUUCCAGAACGUGGAGGCGGCGGUGCGGGGGCAAGACAUAUGCACUACCGAGCAGCGCUGGCAGCCCGAGGACUUUGAGCUCAACAGCCGCAUUCUGGGAGCCCAGACGGCAGUGGACCUGGCGCUGCGGGACAAUAUCAACACACCCGCCGCUAUGGACGCCCUCUCGGAGCUCAUUAAGGCGGUCAACAAGUACCUGGAAAAGAAGGUGGGGGCUGCUCGGCCGCUGCUGCUGCGCAAGGCGGCGUCGUACGUGACACGCAUCCUGUCCGUGUUCGGCCUCGUGGACGGUCCUGGCGACAGGUAUUCAACCUGGCAGCUUGCGAGCCCUUCGGCCAAGGUCAGCGCGGGCACUAGCCGCUACUUGGACGCCUUGGUGGCGUUUCGCCAGGAGGUGUGCGCCAUGGCAGCUGCGGCCGCGGAGCCGCGGGAGGUGCUGGCGGCUUGUGACCGGCUCCGAGACCAAACGCUAGUGGACCUGGGCGUACGGCUGGAGGACCGGCCGGAGGGUACGGCGGUCGGCUGGGAAGGGGGCGGGAGCGAGGGGAUUGGAAAGGGGUUAUAUAUGUAG